UUUUCCAGGUUUUUGACAGCUAAACUUGCUUCCCGUGUGAAAGUGGAUUCUUUUCGCUCUUGACAGGCGCGCGGACCAUCGUCCUCUACCUGAGCUCGUGGGCUGUCACUGGGAUUUUAAACUCACGCACGCCACCAUCAACGGGACAAGUGACAUUUACGACAGAAAACUCCAUAAGAGAAUAAACGUCCCUCAAAGAAAUAAAAAUACCUGAAGAAUCUACCUUUUCUGCAGGUGCAGUUUUUAUCUUUGAGCUGACAGAUCGCGGAGAGUCUGCAUUUCUACAGGUAAACUAUGACCAGGUGGAUUGUAUUACUAUGUGUGUGUCUGUGCGUCACCUCAGCAACAUUCAACAACUAUCAGCAAAUCAGCAGCUAUGAGGAGCACUCCUUUCUGGACCCUGAGGACACACUGAGUGUGAGUGUCCCACUGGAGCUGCCCCAGCGCCCUCUACUGGGCAGCACCUUGGUACUACCCUGCUACUUCCAGGACCACACCGUCCACGACCCCGGCGCCCCCACCAUUGCCACCCUGUCCCACCGCAUCAAAUGGAGCCGCAUCACCAAGGAGCAUGUCUCUGUCAUCCUGGUGGCCAUGGACGGAGAGGUCAAGGUGGAGGAGGACUAUCUGGAUCGGGUCCACAUGGUGGGCUAUCCCCAGACCCCCACUGACGCCAGCAUCAAGAUCACAGAGUUGAGGUCCAACGACACUGGCACCUACCGAUGUGAGGUACAGCACGGCAUCGAGGACAACCAUGACACUGUGGACGUCCUGGUUCAAGGUAUUGUGUUCCACUACCGGGCCAUCACGACACGCUACACUCUGACCUUUGAGAAGGCCAAGGCAGCCUGUAUCCAGAACAGUGCUGUGAUCGCGACCCCAGAGCAGCUGCAGGCAGCGUACGAUGACGGCUUCCACCAGUGUGACGCCGGCUGGCUCUCCGAUCAGACUGUCAGGUACCCAAUCCAUGAUCCACGUGAGAAUUGCUACGGCGACAAAGACGAAGUUCCCCGGGUGCGAACCUACGGAGUGAGAGACGUCAACGAGACUUACGACGUGUACUGUUUUGCCGAGAAGAUGACAGGCAGUGUGUUCUACUCUGGCUCUGUGGCUAAGUUCACCUACUCCGAGGCUGAGGAACAGUGCAGUAAGCAGGGGGCCCUGUUGGCCACCACAGGACAGCUGUACCUGGCCUGGCAGGCUGGUCUGGAUGUGUGCAAUGCAGGCUGGCUGGGGGACAGGAGCGUCCGCUACCCCAUCAACAUCCGAAGGCCGCAGUGCGGAGGGGGUCUGCUGGGGGUACGGACCGUGUACCUCCACGUCAACCAGACGGGGUACCCACUCCCUGAAUCCCGCUACGAUGCCUACUGCUACACAGAAAUGGACGAGGAAGGCUCGGGCAUGGUGGUGCCCACCGAGGCGGGCAGCGGCGUGCUGAGCGUCGCCACAGUGACCCAGGGUCCUCCCGAGGUGUUCUUCAGGAAGACGACCACGGAGAGCGAGGCGUUGGGCGAGGUCCUGGCCACCCAGAAACCCACCAGCGUGGACUUCACCUUCGGGACUGAGCUGCCCCUGUCACAGCCGCCCAGUGUCACCGAGCUUCCGUUCCCACAGCCGCCCAGUGUCACCGAGCUUCCGUUCCCACAGCCGCCCAGUGUCACCGAGCUGCCCCUGCCACAGCCGCCCAGUGUCACCGAGCUGCCCCUGCCACAGCCGCCCAGUGUCACCGAGCUGCCCCUGCCACAGCCGCCCAAUGUCACCGAGCUGCCCCUGCCACAGCCGCCCAGUGUCACUGAGCUGCCCCUGCCACAGCCGCCCAAUGUCACCGAGCUGCCCCUGCCACAGCCGCCCAAUAUCACCGAGCUGCCCCUGCCACAGCCGCCCAAUAUCACCGAGCUGCCCCUGCCACAGCCGCCCAGUGUGACAGAGUUGGUUGUGGAUGUUGUGGGGAGAGUAACGGCCAGGCUAGAUGUGGGGAGUGAGAUCAGCAAAGUGAGCGGAUCAGGAUAUUUAUUUUCUGCUACAGGUGUUGUGUUCCACUACCGUGCUGGCUCUAGCCGCUACGCCUUCACCUUCGAGGAGGCCCAGCUGGCCUGUCAGAGUGUUGGAGCCUCCAUCGCCACCCCAGAGCAGCUCCAGGCUGCCUAUGAGGCCGGCUACCACCAGUGUGAUGCAGGCUGGCUUCUGGAUCAGACCGUCAGGUAUCCAAUCGUGUCUCCUCGGGAAAAGUGCUCUGGGGAUCUGGAGACUUUACCAGGAGUGAGGUCCUAUGGACUGAGGCCCGCUGAUGAACACUACGAUGUGUACUGCUACGUGGACAGACUCAGGGGCGAUGUGUUCCAUGCUGGCUCCAGUGAGGGCUUUACCUACGACGGUGCUCUGGCUCACUGUCAGGAGCUGAACGCUACCCUGGCCUCUACUGGACAGCUCUACGCCGCCUGGAGACAAGGGUUGGAUAAGUGCCGCGCAGGCUGGCUAAUCGACCGGAGCGUCCGCUACCCCAUCACCAACCCCCGGGCGGCGUGUGGUGCAGGGAAGGCAGGGGUGUACACAGUAUUCACGCACAACAACCAGACGGAAUACCCAGACCUGUACUCCAGAUAUGACGCCUACUGCUUCAAAGUGGACAUCUUGCUUCUCGCCAAUGAAACUGGAUUGAACAUCACAGAGAUAGAAGAGGCUUUGGUUAACCUCACAUCCAUCACUGAUUUGCUGAGGCCUGUCCUGCCUUCCAUCACUGCUCCCAUCUCUGUGGAGUCCUCAGGCUCUGGUUCUGGUUCCGGGGCCUCUGGGGCCAGUGGAUCAUCCGGAGAUCUCUCUGGUGAUCACUCCGGUGAACUGCCUUAUUCCGGGAAUCUGUCUGGGUCAGGUGAUCUUUCAGGCAGCGGGAGCGCCGAGAUUCCCAGUGGAUCGUCUGGCCUGAGUAGUGGAGAUGCGUCCGGUUCGGGGCUGAGUGGAGACGGAUCGGGAAUAACGGUAAUCUUCUCUUCAGGGAGCGGCAGUGUUUUAUCCGGUUCGGGCUCUGGGGGUCCUCAGGAGGCUGGAGAGGGAAGCAUUGGGAUCCUAACCUUCCCCACAGGAAUGGGAUCGGGAAUGGGAUUGGGAAUGUUCAGUGGCAGUGCGUUCCUGUCGGGAUCGGGAAGUGGAUCCGGUGUCAGCUCUGAAGAGAGCGGCUCUUCGUCCGACAGCUCCAGCAGCUCUGGGAAAAGUGGGACGUUUUCUGGAAUGUCGUCCGGCUCCAGCUCUAGUUCCAGUGAGAAGUUUUCCGGAUUUCCCUCAGGAUUCUUUCCCUCAGGAGGCUCCAGUGGUCAUUCGGGAGAGGAGUCGGGAAGCAGAGACACUCAGGUCCUGCUGAUCCAUGGGAAGCUGGUGGAGGUUUCCACCUCUCACACACACACAGAGCAGGAGCUUGGUGGAGGGGGCCUGGAGUUCAGCGGCUCCGGAUCGGGCAGCAGUGGCUCAGGGUUCUUCCCGGGUGUGACUUUCUUGGGGUCAGGGUUUACUGACCUCACAGGGUCAGCCUCAGGAGAACAGGAGGCCUCGGGGUCUCUCCACUACGGCUCCGGAAGCGGUGAUAUCAGCGGUUCAGCCUCGGGCAGCAGUGGCUCAGGGUUCUUCCAGGGUGUGACCUUCUUGGGGUCAGGGUUUACCGACCUCACGGGGUCAGCCUCAGGGGAACAGGAGGCCUCUGGGUCUCUCCACUACGGCUCCGGAAGCGGUGAUAUCAGCAGUUCGGCCUCGGGCAGCAGUGGCUCAGGGUUCUUCCCGGGUGUGACCUUCUUGGGGUCAGGGUUUACCGACCUCACGGGGUCAGCCUCAGGGGAACAGGAGGCCUCUGGGUCUCUCCACUACGGCUCCGGAAGCGGUGAUAUCAGCGGUUCAGCCUCGGGCAGCAGUGGCUCAGGGUUCUUCCCGGGUGUGACCUUCUUGGGAUCAGGGUUCACCGACCUUACGGGGUCAGCCUCAGGGGAACAGGAGGCCUCAGGGUCUCUCCACUAUGGAUACGGAGCGGGAAGAGGUGGAUACGCAUCAGGGUUCGGAACGUCGGGCUUCCCAUCCGGGGACAUGUCUGAAAUCUCCAGAUCCUCCACCAGCGGUGAGGAGGACAGCGCUGUCACCUUCCUGACAAGUGACUUAAUGACAGAGGUUUCCAAGGUGACCACGGUUUCCAUGGAGCUGGGGGCUGGGCCAGUGGAGAUCAGCGGGCAGGGAAGCGGGUUCCACUCAGGGAGCGGCUCCGACCACCCAACCCAGGCCAGCGGUGUCUCAUCUGGGGCACACUCUGGAGAUCUGCUCUCUGUGGUGCUGUCCUCUCUGCCCAGUGACAGGGAGCUUAUGGCGGACACAGAGGGGCCAGAGGAGGCCCUGGCUGGGGGGGCUGAGCUGGAGGAGAUCACCGGCGAGUUUUACGUGACCUUUGCCCCCAACCUUGCUCCCACCGGAUUGGCUGCCACCACGGCCCCGGCCAUCUCUCUGCAGACCCCUGCCGUCAUGGAGGAGCCGUCCUCAGAGGAGGGUAUGCCUAACCCCUGUGACCCUAACCCGUGUGGUGCUGGGUCAUGCUCAGUGGAGGGUGGCGAUGGGCUAUGCCAGUGUCCACCCGGGAAAGUGGGAGAUGGGUGCCAGUAUGAGGUUGAUGUGUGCCAUUCCAACCCUUGUGCCAAUGGAGCCACCUGUGUGGGAAAUGCAGACUCUUACAAAUGCUUAUGCCUGCCCAGCUACGGAGGGGACCGCUGCGAGAUUGACGAGCAGGAGUGUGAGGAGGGCUGGACUAAGUUUCAAGGCAACUGUUACCUGCACUUCCCCGAGAGAGAGACCUGGCUGGACGCCGAGCAGCGCUGCCGAGACCUCAGCGCUCACCUGGUCAGCAUCAUCACCCCAGAGGAACAGCACUUUGUCAACUCCAACGGCCAGGACUACCAGUGGAUUGGGCUCAAUGACAAGACAGUGGAGAAUGACUUCCGCUGGAUAGACGGCACACCACUGCAAUUUGAGAACUGGCGGCCAAACCAGCCGGAUAACUACUUUAACUCUGGAGAGGACUGUGUGGUGAUGAUCUGGCAUGAGAACGGCCAAUGGAACGACGUUCCCUGCAACUACCACCUGCCCUUCACCUGCAAGACUGGCCCAGUCUUCUGUGGUGCGCCGCCAGAGGUGGAGAAUGCCAGGAUGUUCGGCAGCAGGCGGGAGCAGUAUCCCGUGGGGUCCAUCAUUCGCUACCAGUGUAACCCAGGCCUCACACAGCGCCACCUGCCUGUGGUGCGCUGCAUGGCAGACGGACAGUGGGAGAAGCCACAGGUGGAAUGCGUUGGUUCAGUGCCCUCCCCCAGUAACAGAAUACAGCGGAGAUCGAUCAGAAGGCGAGGAGAAUCAACCAGCAGCAAACGUCACUAAGCAGGGAAGAUUAAGGGAGAUUUCUUGAAGAUAACUAUUUUAUAAAAACAUGUACAGCACACAAAAGCCAUUUUCUAACUUACAAAAGAGGUUUCAACAUUUGAAGUACCCACCUUGUACAUAAGACCAAAGCAAUUUAGAGCAAUAACAUUGUCUUUUUGGUAUGUGUCACUCUCUGACUAUUUAAAAAAAAAAGAUAAAUUAAGCCAUUAUGUUAUUUUUAGUUUUUGUUGUUCUUGUCCCAAAAUACUGACAUGUUUUAAUUAUAUAUAAGAAUUGUUUUAUUGUUUGGAGUUGUAUUGUUAUUUUUUAGUUUUGGUGGAUUGUGAGGCCGUCGAUAAGGUGUGAGUUGUUGUUAAGAUACUUUGUCCAUGUCGCCAACUAGACUGGAUUAUGGAGACACGAUGUAGGGUGAAGUUUUCCCUAGACACUGAUCUUGGGUCAGUUUUGCUUUUCCUCCACUAAUGGUUAAGAUUGGGGUUGGUGGAGGGGAAGCUGUUCCUAACUCUGUACCUAGGGGAAACUUCACCCCGCAGCAUGUACUCAUAGACGAUGCCAACAGUCGCAUCAAUCAGACUCUCUAGUCUGUUCUAGAUCUUUGCCAAACCAGAUAGUGUGUGUUAGACUGUACCUCCCAGAAGUAAACACCCCAUCUGGACCGGCCGGUAUUUAGUGGUGGUUUGGCGUGUUGCUAUGAGCCAAGCAGAGGCUUGGUGAAAUUCACCCAUGAGUAGAUACGAGACAGUCAGAAGCGUGUUUGUAUUCUGGAGGUGCCUACGUAACAUACACUCACUAUGGGUGAUGGAUAGAGGUCUAAUAAUGCAUGAAAGACAGUACAUUUGAUAGAAAAAGUCUAUUGAGAUACUUGUGAGCCAUGUUAGCCUAGCCAUGUUAGCCUAGCCAUGUUAGCCUAGCGCUGUUAGCCUAGCCAUGUUAGCCUAGCCAUGUUAGCCUAGCCAUGUUAGCCUAGCCAUGUUAGCCUAGCCAUGUCCGGUUGUAGCAAUGAUGAGCAAGAUGAAGUAAAGGGGAUGACAUCUUGUGCAU